GAACAUGUCGUGUAACUACUAAAGAGACUUUUCAUAGAAGUGUUCCAUCAGCUCCGAACUCAGCUUUUGAUAAAAGCAAAAAGCUGCGAAAUGUGGAACUCCCUGUCUCCCAGACGACAAUCAUUCCAGCCUUUGAAUGUUGUGUCCAUGGUUCAAAUUACGGCGCGAGCAAGUCUCACGAACAUGCUCUUCGGGGUACCUGUUUGGAUAAGACUUUUCAUACAAGCUUUGAGCUUUGGAUAUAAGCAAGCCGUGGUCAAAUGUUCUGCAUGUUCUGAAGUCUUGUCUCUACAUAUACGAUUGAAUGAUUUUACGGGAGUCCUUAACUGGUCAUGUGACAUACUGGAUUUAAGUUCGAACCUUAUCACCAUCAUUCGAAUAUCUCAAUGUCUUUCUCGAACAUUCUGAUUCACUUACGAGUAUGAGAUGCAUCUAUGUAGCGCCGAGGAACUUCUUGGCCAGGGCGUCUCUGUGACUCUUUUUGAACUGCAGUGAGACUCAG